AUGACCAUGACUACCAUGCCAGAGAGCCUGAAUAGCCCUGUCUCCGGCAAGGCGGUCUUUAUGGAGUUUGGGCCGCCCGGGCAGCAAAUGCCACCAUCGCCCAUGUCUCACGGACACUAUUCCAUGCACUGUUUACACUCGGCCGGCCACUCGCAGCCGGACAGCUCCUACAGCGCAGCUUCGUCCUUCUCCAGACCGCUGGGCUACCCCUAUGUCAACUCGGUCAGCAGCCACGCGGCUAAUCCUUACAUGAGCUCAGUGCAGUCCUACCCCAACAGCACCAGCUUGGCUCAGACCCGGUUAGAGGAGACAGGGGCCGAGACGGAGAAAAGCACCGUGGUGGAAGGCGGAGAAGUGCGCUUCAACGGCAAAGGGAAAAAAAUCCGAAAGCCCCGGACUAUUUACUCCAGUUUGCAGCUGCAGGCUUUGAACCGGAGGUUCCAGCAGACUCAGUACCUGGCUUUGCCCGAGAGAGCCGAGCUGGCCGCCUCCUUGGGGCUCACCCAGACCCAGGUCAAGAUCUGGUUCCAAAACAAGCGCUCCAAAUUCAAGAAACUGAUGAAGCAAGGAGGGGCCGCUUUGGAAAGCAGCGCUCUGGCCAACGGCAGGUCCCUGUCUGCCAGUUCCCCCCCAGUGCCCCCAGUUUGGAACACCACCUCGACGUCGGGUAAGACCUCCGCUGGGACCCCGGCCACUUACAUCCCCAGCUACACGUCUUGGUACCCUUCGGCCCACCAGGAAACUAUGCAGCAGCCUCAGCUGAUGUGAUUGGGGUUUUUUUGGAGGGCAGUUUCUUUUGAGUUUGGUAUUUCGCUCGUUUCGUUCGUUUUUUUGUUUUUUUGAAAUAAUAAUAAGAAAGAAAGAAAAAGUUGAAUCAACAAGCCGAUCUCUCCGUCGGCAUCAACCAGAAUACUUAAAAGAAAAAGGGGGAAAAAUUACUAAACACCCCACACAAACACGCGCUCGAACACUGUGGUUAGUUUGGGGAAAGCGCACGCACGACCCAAAGAGCCUGAGAAAAGGCAACGUGGGAAGAGGCGCCAGCCAAAAAACAAAACAAAAAAGGAAAAGGAAAAAAGGACACGCCACGCGAGGACCGUCUUUGGGAAAGUCCUCCUGGGCGCAGCCGCUGCUGAGCUGCCGGGCGAGGCAGGCACAGAUGCGACGCGGGGCUGGUUCCCAGUGCAGACAGCUGACGCGGCAGCCACGGAUCGGCUCGAGAGCAGCCGGACAACAGCCUGCCAGCAGCGCCGGA